AUGGAGAACUCGUACAAAAUGCGUCCCGACAUCUCGUUCAAUUCCGACGGAGCCCGAAAGCUCGCCGAAGACAUUUUGCGUCGCACCUUCCACGGAGUGAGGUACGAGCGGGAAAAAUGCCGAGAACUGGUUCUUAAAGCGAGCGAGGAAUUGAAUGAUAGUGUAAAGCCUUUGGGUUCUAACAGAUUCAAGUUUGUGUGUAUGGUUUAUCUGGGACCGCUGCAAAGUCAAGGAAUGUGUAUUGCUAGUCGUUGUGUGAUGGAUGAGAGAUUUGAUAGAUGUGCGACCGCCUCCUACAGGAGUCCUUCCCUGUAUGCCGUAGCCACGAGUUAUGGUAUAUAUCGCGAGUAG